CUGGAUUUUAGUCUCAUUGGUCUGUAAUUUUAUGAACGAGAAUGCAAAGUGAACGUUUUAUUGUUAAGUUUAUAACAGUGAAUAAUUGUUUUGCUUAUUUACCGGAUACUUGGCUACGUAAAUUGGAAAUUAAGGAAAAUGUAAUCAAAGUAAUUCAUAAAGAUAAAACGCAUUACAUGUCAUGUAAUGUAAGGCCAAAUCUUAAUGAAAGUUUGUGCAUUGGUACAACUUUUGCAAGAAGUUUGAACAUCGAAGAAGGUGACGAAGUAAUUGUAUCGUUCGUGAAGAAUGUUCCAAUUUUAAUAAAAAUAAACGUCGCACCUCUCACCGCGAAUGAUAGAGAAAUUUUGGAACUACAAAUAGAAAAGGUACAAUCUACAUUGCUUAGUCAAAUACGAGUGGUAGUAGAAGGUCAACCGAUCGUAACUUGGGUUUCAAGAUUUUCUUACGUAACCUUAAUCGUAGAAUCGCUGGAACCACCAGUGAAAUAUGGCAAACUCGAACAAUUUUCGGAAAUACACGUUGCCAAUACAACAAUGAAUAAAAAGAACGACGAUUCGAAUGAAAAUGGCAAGAAAACAUCCCACAUUGCGAACAAUUUGCUUUCGGCUUUCAAAAAAUUUUUACCAAUUACGAAUGAUCGAAAUUCGAUCAAGAAAAGGGAAGACGAAGCGAUCAGAAAUUACGAGCUGUUGCAUAGUUUUCGCAACAGAAAAUUACCCACGAUAUGUCGUGUCCAUCCAAUGCCUAAAAUGGAUACGAUCGAAGGAAAUAUCUUCGACGAGAUUGCGCAUUGUCCUUAUCACGUGUUCGUUCCAAGUGAUCAAGCGCCAGAAUUCUUGGAAAAUUUUGGGAUAGCUCGUAUAAAAAAAGUUCCAGAGGACAAGCAAUACGUAAACGUAACCAACACGAAUUUCCUUGUAAAAGACGAGUCCCCUGUUCCAAAUCUUUCUGCAGAAUUGGUAGUGAGAGUAUACAUUUUGGAGGAUUUGUUAGAGAAAACCAGCACGUUGAACGAGGAACAUUUUAACGUUAAUUUACGUCACAAGAGCGUGUACGUGUCGGACAGUUUGAGAAUCAGUUUGAACUUAAAAGUAGGCGCAAAGGUGAGCUUAACGUUGAUGGAUAAAACUGAAAUAUCUGUACCAUCCUCCCUUGAACUAUUUUCGUGGAGAGAUUCGAUGUCGGUGAAAGAUUUCGAGGAUUACGUUAAAAAGUAUUCCCUUCAUAAUAAAUUGUUGAUUAAUUCUUGUGCUGUUAUUAUAAUGGAUAACAGAAGUUCUUGUAUAGUGAAAAUUUCACCGGAGGAUUGCAAGUUUGCCGUGAUCGACGAGGCCACUUUAAGGGAUACGAGGGUGCGUGUGAGAUCGGUGGAGGAAAAGGAUCAGUUUCGAGUGUUUGACAAGUUGGAUCAAGAAUAUUCUCGUUUAGAAAAAACGUAUACGAGUCAUUUGUCGACAGUUUUAACGGAAUGUCAACUAGCAUUAGAUCUCAGUCUAGGCUUACAAACACAAUUACCUUUCGAAUACAAUCCUGAAAAUAUUUUAAUUUCUGGCGUGGUUGGUUCGGGCAAAACUGCCAUUUGCAAAAUAAUCGAGAACAUUAUGCGAAGUCCACCAUAUUUCGUGCACACUCACACGAUUGAUUGUAGAUCGUUAAAAGGGAAGAAAGUAGAAAUGUUACAAAAAAUUAUUAUGGCUGUUCUGUCCGAAUGUGUCUAUUAUCAACCUUCGAUAAUAUUUCUGGACGAUAUAGAAGCCAUAACGAAUGCAUCAAUGAACGACGAAGAGAACACACCAGAUGCUAUAAACGCUGCCAGGAUAACAGAUAUGUUGAAUAACACGGUGAUGCAAUAUCAAGAAUCAUAUCAAGUGUCAAUAAUUGCAACGUGUGCAAGUAUUAACAGGAUAGGUCAGAAAUUAAGGCCGGCUAGGGGUUGUCAUUUUUUUAGGACUGUUUUAUCUAUUCCUAAUCUAGAAAAGGUGGAUAGAAUCAAUAUUUUGCAAUUAAUGCUCGGAGAUAAGUUGUACACGCCUGGAGACGUGAAUUGGGAUUACUAUGGAAACAAGACCGAGGGGUGGGUGUUUCAAGACCUCGUGGAUAUGGCUAAGAAAGCUACGUUCGCUGCUUGGAAGCGUCACGAUUCCUCUAAGCCUCCCAUCGUGAUCGAAGAAGAGGACAUGGAGGUCGCCCUGAAGAAUUACACGCCGAUGUCUCUACAAGACGUGCAAUUGUACAAAGGCAUGGGUCACGUUUGGUCAGAUAUUGGUGGUCUGGCCGACGUGAAAAGAUCUCUGGUAGAGAUUUUACAGUGGCCGUUGAAAUAUCCUGAGAUAUUCAAGAAUGCUCCUAUCAAAUUGCAAAAUGGCAUUUUAUUAUACGGCAUGCCGGGAACAGGGAAAACGUUGCUGGCCAAAGCGAUUGCCAACGAAUGCGGUGUUAAUUUGAUCAGCGUUAAAGGCCCGGAAUUGUUGUCGAAAUACAUCGGUGUUAGCGAGGAGUCUGUUAGAAACGUAUUCGAGAGAGCUCUUCGUGCCAAACCGUGCGUCUUGUUUUUCGACGAAUUCGACAGUCUCGCUCCAAGGCGAGGUCACGAUAGUACCGGUGUCACCGACAGAGUGGUGAACCAAUUAUUAACCCAAAUGGACGGAGUCGAGGAUAGAGAAGGUGUUGCGGUUGUGGCAGCCUCUUCAAGGCCAGAUUUACUGGAUCCAGCCCUGUUGAGACCUGGACGUCUCGACAAAGCGUUGUAUUGUCCUCUUCCGGACGAGGCGGACAGAGAGGAAAUUUUGGCCGCUCUCUGCAAAAGACAGAAAGUAGACACGACAGGAUUGGAUUUAAAAGAACUGGCCACGCUUACCUCAGGCUUCACCGGCGCGGAUUUGAAUGCCGUGCUGACCCAAGCCAGGUUAUCAGCCUUAGAGAACGCGAUUGCGAACGUUUCCGACGGAAAGAUCGAGGCGGAGGACAUUAAGGUUUCUCAGACACAUUUAAUCGAUUCCAUCAACUCUACCCAUCCCUCUUUGCCUCGUGCCGAAAAAGAGAAGUACAAGAGGAUUUACGCCAAAUUUGCGAAGAAUGACAAUUUUAUGGAAGAUAUAACGAAGAAUCAGAAGGCUACUUUGGCAUGAAUGGUGAGAUUUAUGUUUCAUUUAUGGAGAACGAAUCUCAAAAAAAUCGAUAUUCGGGAAGGAUGUAUGUCUUUGUAAUUACUUUAUUAGUAAAAAUAUUUUAUUUUUAUCCAUGUACAUUGAUAAGUACAAAAGAUUCCAAAGAAGUACAAUCUUAUUGUUCAAAAUAAAUCCUCGA